AUGGUUCUUGUUGAAGACGUUUCAAAUAAUUCUGAUUCAUCAUCAAAUCAAAAUAAUGAAGCAUCAUCAAAUGCUUCAGCAUCAUCAUCAUCAUCACCACGUCCACCAUCACCACCACCACCACCACCACCAUCAUCAUCAUCAAUAAUCAAUACAUUACUUGAACGUAAAACUGAUGCUGUUCUAUUAUUAUCACGUUUAGCAACAAUAUUUUAUACAAUUAUGUUUAUUCUACCAAUUUUUCAUUCCGAAUCAAAUAUAUAUUAUACAAAAGCAUUAUUAUCAUCUGUUGUUACAUCAAUAUUACGUCUUCGUCAACGUUUACCAAAUUUUGAAUUAUCACGUGAAUUUUUAUUUAAUCUAUUUCGUGAAGAUAGUGCACAUUAUUUAAUGUAUUCAUUUUUAUUUUUAAGUAGUACACCAAUGACAAUUGUACUUAUACCAAUAACAACAUAUGCUAUAUUACAUUCAUGUGCAUUUUUAUCACAAAUUUUAAUUAAUUUUCCAGUUAUACAACAAUUAUGUACACGUAUAACAGAAAAUCAAAUAAGUUUAUUAAGAUUUGUUGCAUUAAAUGAAAUCGUACUUAUGCCAAUAUUAAUUUUAUCAAUAUUUGUUUCACGUUCAAAUUUUCUUUUAAUAUUUAUGUAUUAUCGAUUUCUUACAUUACGUUAUACAUCACAUAGAAAUCCAUAUACAAGAAAUUUAUUUUAUGAAAUACGUCAAAGUGUUGAAUAUUUAUGUAAUAAACCAGCAUGUCCACCAUUUAUUGGACGUAUUUGUUAUAAUACAAUUGCCUUUAUUAAUCGAUUGGCUCCGACAAAUGGUUGA